GUGUGAAUAGAAAAGUUGUUAAUGUGUCGUCAAUUCACAGUGAGUUCCUAGUUGCCAAAAUCAUAUGUGCUUGUUUUUAUACUGAUUGGAAGCGUUUGGUUUAUUUUCUAAAGUUUUUAUCAAUAAAAUACAUUAAAAACGAUUUUCCAAUUUCCGUUGCAUUACUUACUUAGUACACCAACCCACAAACAUGGCUGCUUCCGUUCUCUUUGCGUGUGGUCUAAACGAACAGAAAUUACCAUCGUUCAUACACAUCAGCGAAGAAUCAAAUGUCGAUGGCAGUUUUUUGAUUAGCUCAAUAUUGGGACAGCGUUUGCGUAUCUCCAAUGCCGGUACUCUGUUGGUGUGUCUGCAACACAACUAUCAGCAUUACUUUAAUGCUGGCAUGCGUUUGGGUUACAACUGUAACAUUUUCCUGGGCAAAACACUGGGCAUAAUUGAUCCCUCCAAUGAGAUGGCCAAGGAUUUCCUUAGCUGCAAAUGGUUGUCGCGGGAGCACAAGUUAAGUGAUUUACUACUCGCCGAUAUAAGAGAACAACUGACAACGGGCUCAACCUUCACCGCUCGCAUUCACAAUACCGUCAUAAUUGAUAAUUUGUCGAUACUCUAUAAUUUGGGCGCUUCCAAGGAAGACAUACAACAAUUGUGCCACGGCUUGGUUGCCUUGACUCGGGAGUUUUCCAAUUUAUCGAUUAUCACAAAAAUGAGCAAUUCCGAUCUGUACUCAUUGGAUGAUAACAAUGUUUCCAAAUUGGGUUCCGUACACAUUCAGGUGAUUAAGUUGAAGAGUGGCGUAUUCCGUGAAGUCGAUGGCAAGCUGUUGAUCAAACGUUUCCAAGAUGAGGAGGAUAAUUGUUACGAAUCGAACUACACCACAAAGGAAAUCCUUUACAAGGUCAACGAUCGCAAUGUGAAGAUAUUUAAUCCCGGAGAGAUUGGCUUGAAGGCCUAAAUCUGUUGCGUUUUAUAUGAAAACAUUUAUUGACAUUAAAUGAUAAAUGAAUAUUUUUAUUGUAAACUUUAAUUGAUUAGUAAUAAAAAUAUAUAUAUUUUCUUAAAAAAUAAUAUUUUUCUUAAAUUAAAAGAAAUUGUAAUAAAAAGGGUAUUGUAUUGUAUUUUUUUCUAAAAUUUUCAGAACAUGUAUUUGAAAAA